AACUCAUGAAUGCAUCACCUGUCAAGCGACAUAUGGUGCUUUUGCUCGAUCCAUUCAGGCAGAAGCUAAUUUUCUCAGUAAGCAAAUAAACCAGGAAAUAUACCAUGUUCACGCAAAUAGCUACUGCACCAUAAUCCAGUUUUCAGACUGUGCUCAUGGUGUGGACCAUUAGGCCAGGCUAUACUAACGCUGGGGAAAUUGUGCCAGUUGUUCACGUUAGGGCAAUCACCUGACUGAUGAUGCUUGAAUAAGUCACAGCAGACACCUCCUUAGAAGAGGCAUCCCCUCCUGUGUGUGAAAGAAGAACACCUCUUCUAAGAUGGUGCCUUCCACCAAGACUUUUACGAUCCAAAGUUACGUGAACAUCUGGAUGGAGGGAACGUAGGUGGACGACUGGAAAACCGGAUGCUUACAAUCGUGUAUGGCCCUGACCUGGUUAACAUAUCGUACUUGAACUUAGUAGCAGCUCAGGAAGACAUUGCAAAGGAAUGGUCAGAGGAAAUCUUCAGUCUGGCAACGAACCUGCUGGCGCAGAACAUGUCAAGAGAUGCUUUUCUGGAAAAAGCAUACACAAAACUUAAAUUGCAAGUCACUACGGAUGGACGCAUCCCUUUGAAAAACAUUUAUCGCCUCUUCUCCUCAGACAGAAAGCGUGUGGAGACGGCACUGGAAGCUUGUAGUCUUCCAUCUGCCAGGAAUGAUUCAAUUCCUCAAGAUGACUUCACUCCAGAAGUUUACAGAGACUUUUUGAGCAACCUAUGUCCUCGGCCUGAAAUAGACCACAUCUUCCUAGAGCUUGGUGCUAAGAGCAGACCAUAUCUUACUGUUGACCAAAUGAUGGAAUUUAUAAACUUGAAGCAACGAGACCCACGGUUAAAUGAAAUUCUUUAUCCGCCUUUGAAGCAGGAACAAGUUCAGCAGCUGAUUGAAAAAUAUGAACCCAAUAAUGGUUUGGCUAAGAAAGGGCAGAUAUCAGUGGACGGAUUUAUGAGGUAUUUGAGCGGAGAGGAAAACGGAGUGGUUCCACCUGAAAAACUGGAUUUGAAUGAGGAUAUGAGCCAGCCUCUGUCUCACUAUCUUAUCAAUUCCUCGCACAACACCUACCUCACAGCUGGACAGCUGGCUGGUAACUCUUCCGUAGAGAUGUAUCGCCAAGUGCUAUUGUCUGGCUGCCGCUGUGUUGAGCUGGACUGCUGGAAAGGCCGAACAGCUGAAGAAGAGCCAGUCAUUACACAUGGAUUCACCAUGACAACUGAAAUAUCCUUUAAGGAAGUAAUAGAAGCUAUUGCUGAAUGUGCAUUUAAGACAUCUCCUUUCCCGAUUCUCCUCUCUUUUGAAAAUCAUGUGGAUUCCCCUAAACAGCAGGCAAAAAUGGCGGAAUAUUGCAGAUUAAUAUUUGGAGAUGCUUUGCUGAUGGAGCCCCUUGAGAAAUACCCACUUGAACGUGGUGUUCCACUUCCAAGCCCAGCAGACCUGAUGUACAAAAUUCUGGUGAAGAAUAAAAAGAAGUCCCACAAGUCUGUAGAUGGGAGCACAAAGAAGAAACUGUCUGAACAAGCUUCAAAUGCAUGCAGUGAUGCUUCUAGUGGGUUUGAGCCUUCCUCUCCUGGAGCAGGGGAAGCGGAGAUUGACAGUGAUGAUGACGACGAUUAUGACGAUGACUGCAAAAAAUCAUCAAUGGAUGAAGGGACAGCUGGAAGUGAGGCCAUGGCUACUGAGGAAAUGUCAAACUUGGUGAAUUACAUACAGCCUGUGAAGUUUGAGUCAUUUGAGACAUCUAAAAAACGGAACAAGAGUUUUGAAAUGUCUUCCUUUGUGGAAACCAAAGCACUCGAGCAGCUCACAAAAUCUCCUGUUGAGUUUGUGGAGUAUAAUAAAAUGCAGCUGAGCCGAAUUUAUCCAAAAGGGACACGUGUUGAUUCCUCAAAUUACAUGCCUCAGCUCUUCUGGAACGCAGGCUGUCAAAUGGUUGCUCUUAACUUCCAAACUGUAGAUUUGUCUAUGCAAAUAAAUAUGGGGAUGUAUGAAUAUAAUGGCAAAAGUGGGUACAGGCUAAAGCCAGAAUUUAUGAGGAGACCAGACAAGCACUUUGAUCCUUUUACUGAAAGUAUCGUAGAUGGAAUAGUAGCAAACACUUUGUCUGUGAAGAUUAUUUCGGGACAGUUACUUUCUGACAAAAAGGUUGGCACUUAUGUAGAAGUGGAUAUGUUUGGUCUCCCUGUGGACACAAGGAGGAAAGCUCUCAAGACCAAGACAUCUCAAGGAAAUGCUGUGAAUCCUGUAUGGGAUGAUGGAACCAUAGUAUUUAAGAAGGUUGUUCUGCCUUCACUAGCAUGUAUGAGGAUAGCAGUCUAUGAAGAAGGAGGAAAGUUCAUUGGACAUCGGAUAUUGCCAGUAUCAGCAAUUCGACCCGGUUAUCACUAUAUUUGCCUGAGGAAUGAAAGGAAUCAGCCCUUGAUGCUGCCAGCCUUAUUUAUAUACAUAGAGGUGAAAGACUAUGUGCCUGAUACUUAUGCAGAUGUCAUUGAAGCAUUAUCCAAUCCAAUCCGAUACGUGAACUUGAUGGAGCAAAGAGCAAAACAGCUGGCAGCCCUGACUCUGGAGGAUGAAGAAGAAAUAAAGAAAGAGGCUGAUCAAGGAGAUAUCCCUUCAGAAGCUCACAAUGAACCUAAGCCUGCACCAGCUGAAAAUGGAGUCAACCACACCACUUCCCUCACCCCUAAACCAUCCACUCAGGUUGUUCCCAGCCAACCAGCACCGGGUUCUGUGAAAGUGCCAGCAAAAACAGAAGAUCUCAUUCAGAGUGUCCUGACAGAAGUUGAAGCACAAACGAUUGAGGAGCUGAAGCAACAAAAAGCAUUUGUCAAACUUCAGAAGAAACACUACAAAGAAAUGAAGGAUCUUGUGAAGCGACACCACAAGAAAACCACGGAUCUUAUAAAAGAGCAUACUGCAAAGUAUAACGAAAUCCAAAACGACUACCUGCGGCGGAGGGCAGUCUUGGAGAAAACAGCUAAGAGAGACAGUAAGAAAAAAAGUGAAACUGGCAGUCCAGAUCACAGCUCUUCAACAAUUGAACAAGAGUUGGCCUCCCUUGAUUCAGAAAUGACCCAAAAGUUAAUAGAACUUAAGGAAAAGCAACAGCAACAGCUGCUUAAUCUUCGACAGGAGCAAUAUUACAGUGAAAAGUACCAGAAGCAAGCACAUAUUAAAUUGCUUAUUCAAAAGCUGACAGAUGUAGCAGAGGAAUGCCAGAGCAAUCAGUUAAAGAAACUGAAAGAAAUUUGUGAAAGAGAAAAGAAAGAGCUGAAGAAAAAGAUGGACAAAAAGAGGCAGGAGAAAACCACAGAAACGAAAUCAAAGGAUCGAAGCCAAGUGGAUGAGGAGAAGACAGAAAUGAUUCGGUCAUAUAUUCAGGAGGUGGUGCAAUACAUUAAAAGGCUAGAAGAUGCUCAAACUAAAAGGCAGGAAAGACUUGUGGAGAAACACAAGGAGGUUCGUCAGCAAAUACUGGAUGAAAAGCCCAAGUUACAGGCUGAACUUGAUCAAGAAUAUCAAGACAAAUUCAAAAGACUCCCAUUGGAAAUUCUGGAAUUUGUUCAAGAAGCAAUGAAAGGCAAAAUUAGUGAAGAUGGAGACCACAGUUCUACCACUUCUUCCCUGGCAUCUGAUGGUGGAAAACUGAACCAUAAACCACUACAAAAUGAAGAGCUGGAAGAUCAUCCAGGAAAGGUGUUUGAUACACCCCUCUAGCAACUCCUACAAGGCCACGUACCUACCUUACUGUGGCACAACAAGUCACCACCUUGUUCCCCAGAUCAUCUCUUCUUUGUAAAUGGCCAUUGGACAGCUUCAGAUAUGGAAGGCAUCCAGAGGGACAGGACAUGUUUCUGAAAGGAGACGUCGGUGAGGAAAUUCUGUGUUGUUUGUCGGCCUUCUUUAUUUUAUCAGCAUAAUGGAGUAGAUUAAUAGGCCAGGGCUGCCCUUUCCCUGGCCAGUUUCACAUGGGUAGAUUUCAAGUCUGGAGCUUUCCAUGGGGACCAGCGUGCUUUGUGCAGGUAAAUGUGCAUAGACCUCCAUGAGAAGUAGCAGUGAAAAAAAAUAUUCUAAACACCAUUUUCAUAACAUCCUUAACCCUUUGUUUCCUCCUUUGUAACUGCACCUUGAAAGCUUGUAUCAUCUUAAUAAUUGCACUGAUUUUUUUUAAAAAAGUCCUUUCUUUGUUUUUAUUUCUUCUUCUUUUUUCGCUUUGAAGUACCAGUAGCUUGCUUUGUUGACAAUGUGUUGGAGGAUCAUCUGCUUUAAGAUGGUCUGUUAAAACUGUGGUCACUAGCAUAAGUUCUCAAGUUGAAAUCUCUUCAAG